AUGGGCGACUCGCCGCUACUCUUGGCUUCGUCGAACCACGACAUGGACCGCGACGUCGGACGAGCGAUCGAGCUGCUGCUGAGAAACGGCGCAAAUCCUAAUGCAGUCAAUCGAUAUGGAUCGACGCCUCUUCACAGGUUGUGCGAAUCCCGUAGCCCCAAUCAUAUCAAGCUGAUCGAGAGGUUCUUGUCGGUCUGCGGCCAAGUCCGGCAGCAGGUGAACAUUAACGCCCGGGACAAUCUGGGUCUGACACCGCUGCACUUGGCCAUGGAGAAGCGUCGACAGGAUGUGGUCGAAUUGCUGCUGAGACAUGGGGCCGAUCCAAAUGCUGUACACCAUUGCAAUUGA